UGCUCUGGCUGCCCGGCAGCUCCGCCGCGCUCAGGUUGUGUCUCUGGGCUGCUGCUUUUAAUGUUCCUUGUCGAGAGGUGUCUUGAGGCCGGCGGAGUGGCUUUCUUGAGCAGAGGAGGGGAGUGCGAUGGGGAGCGGAGCCCCCCGGCCUGACUGAAGCUCGGCGUGCGGGAGCAUCGCUGCGGGAUCGCUCCUGCAGCCGCAACGCUGAGACCGGAGCGCCGCCAAAGCCUCAUCCUCGUCCUCCUCGCUGCUUUAUUUUUAGAGUCGUUGGGGGAUCCGGCUCUGCUCGCUAAGGCAGUUCUGUAAAAAUAGCAGCAAAACUUAAAUGCUGGUCGAGUGAGGAAUAUAAAUGUUGAAAUAGCAGCAAAGGUAUGGCUGGAGGAGAUCAGAAGUCGCUUGCUCAGCACCUUGGUGCUUGAGCCCUGGCAGAUCCCCUCGCUCCUCGCCAGGGCGCUGAGACCUGGGCUGCACGAACGGGAACAUCUCAUUCUCUUCGGUGUCGAGGAUUUUUAAACCCUUGGAGUUACCUGAAGGUGCCUUUGGUGGUUUGGAGGAAUUGCCCUGGUGUCUGUGGAAGAAUAACAGAUACACCGAUGACUUUGGGGUUAACUGCCAAACAGAUACACCAGUUGCAUUAAAUUUAUUCUAAAAAUGGGAAAACUGGAGAGGCACAACUUUUUGUCUUUUUUCCUGGCAAUCCUGACGUGCUGUUUCCCAAGGAAGUGGAAAAGCCUUACAAACGAAUGUUCCAAAAUACGGAAGACUCAGUGAGAAAUUUUCCAGAGCAAAUCAUCAGUAGCAAGAAAUUAUUGCCGAAUUUUCUCUGUUUUUCGGGAUUUUUGUUUUGAAGUGAGGAGUAACUUCGCUCGGAAUGCAUUUAUCCAGGAAGUAAUCCUUAAUGCGCUCCACUCCGAGCACCGAGCCUGCAUGUGAGAUUGAAGAAGGUUUAAUUAAAUAUUGAUUCUUGGGAGGCUCUGGGACAUUUGAAAGUGAUUUGGAGAGAGCAAAGGCUGUGUCCGAUGGCCACCGAGCCCCAGGCAGCGUGCGUGGUGCCCCAGGCUCCCUGCCCAGGAAUGAAGUGCUCUCCUGCUGAGGACUUUUCUCCGCAGGUGAGGCUGUCUGAAAAGAUCCCACCAGUGAAGCCUUGCUUCAAGAAGAAGCAGCAAGUGCAGAAGAGGCUGGACACGCAAACUCUGCGGGCUUUGCGGCCGAUCUUCACCAGCCUGCUGGGAGCUGGGGCCUUGGACAGGGUCUUUGUGCCCCGAGGCCAGCGCGGUGGCCGUGGUGAUUUAUGUGAACCUGCUGUGAAAAAGACUCUGGACCUCGGUACCUCUUGCCCCCAGACAGAAAAUAAUGUGACUGUGCUGAUGCCAACAGCUCCAGAUGUGCAGGGUCAGCUGCCAGGAGCUCAUCCUUCCCCCAGGCACCCUGAGCAGGACUCCCAGGCAGGAGAGCAAGGAUUCUCCCCAGAAACUCCUGGAACUGCUGCUGAUAAUGGUAAUGAAUCAUUCCAGGAUCAUCCUUUGCACCCAAGUGCUAGUGAUGGUGCAACUUGUCCUCUGUUCCCUGACAAGGUUCUGGAAGGCUACACAUCUGCCUUGCUCCAGGAGAACAGCUGUCCAGUGCAAUACAACUUGACCCCAAGCAAUAAAUUCAGUGCUGGGAUAUUCCAGGAUAAAAGUGAAGAAGCUUCCCUUGACCUGGUGUUUGAGCUCUUGAACCAGCUGCAGUAUCACACCCACCAGGAGGAUGGGAUUGAAAUCUGUGUGGAUUUUCUCCAGGGAACUUGUGUUUAUGGCAGUGAUUGUCCCAAGCAUCACACAGUGUUACCCUAUCACUGGCAGGUGAGGAGGACAGCAACCCAGAGGUGGCAAAGUGUGACCAACGAUUCCCAGGAGCACCUGGAAAGGCUCUACUGCAACCCUGACAAUGACAAGAUCAAAGUCAAGUAUCGGGGCCAGGAGUUCUGGGUGGAUCUGAACCUUAUGAAAUUAUACGAGAGCGCAGAGUUCGACCAAAUGCGGCGCCUGUCCACAGCCUCCUGCCCCAGCUCCAGCUCCAGCUGCUACACGGUGUGGAAGUACUUCUGCAGGGACCACUUUGGCUGGAGAGAGUACUCUGAGCCCGUGGUGAGGCUGAUCGAGGAGGCGAGCUGCCGCGGGCUGCGCGAGGUGCGCUUCGUCACCUGGCACAACCAGUACAUCCUCAACAUCAGGGAUGGCUUCCAGCAGAACUCCUGCUUCCGCAGGGAGAUCAAGAGGAGGCCCCUGCUGCGCUCCUGCGUGCUGCUCACGCCCUUCCUGCAGACCCUGGGUGGCAGCUCCGCCGUGCCCUCCCCGUGCUCCGAGCCUGCCUCCGCACACCGCUUGUCCCCUGCUGCUGUCACCUCUCCCAGCUUCUACCCCGAGACCUGGAUUGGAAUGGAUCCAGCUCAGGACUUCAUCCAAGUGCCUGUUCUGAAGGAAGACAAAAGCUAUAGAACCAUUUAUAACCUGUUCCACAAGACUGUGCCAGAGACCAAAUACAAGAUUUUGAAAAUCCUGCGAGUGCAGAACCAGUUCCUUUGGGAGAAGUAUAAAAGGAAAAAGGAAUACAUGUCCAAGAAGAUGUGUGGGCUGGACAGGAUCAUGAACGAGCGGCACCUGUUCCAUGGCACGUCCCAGGACGUGGUGGACGGGAUCUGCAAGCACAACUUCGACCCUCGGGUGUGCGGCAAGCACGCCACCAUGUUCGGCCAGGGCAGCUACUUUGCCAGGAAGGCCAGCUACUCGCACAACUUCUCCAAACGCUCCCCCAAGGGCGUGCACUUCAUGUUCCUGGCCAAGGUGCUCACGGGCAGGUACACGGUGGGCAACCACACCAUGAGGAGGCCUCCGCCCGUGGAGCCCGGCAGCAUCACCAGCGACCUCUACGACUCCUGCGUGGACAAUUACUUCGAGCCCCAGAUCUUCGUCAUCUUCAACGAUGACCAGAGCUACCCCUAUUUUAUUAUCCAGUAUGAAGAGGUCAGCAGCACUGUCUCCAUCUGACAGCCUGUGCUGCUGCUGUUCUCUGCCACAAACUCUCACCUGGCUGCAGUUUGUGUGGGGGAAGUUCAAUCUGGACGCUUCCUGCCUGCUGCAAUGACUCGGAAGAAAGGAAAUUUGAAGUGACCAACUGUGCGCUUGCUGGUUGAUUCCCUGUGUGGAAAUUGUACAUAUUUUUCCAUUGUUUAUAGUUGAAAAUUUGUGCCUUUUGUUAUAAAACACUGUUUAUUUAUGUCAGUAAAUGUUCA